AUGAUGAGCAAUAACAGCUUUACUCCUGGGUAUUUUCAGCUGACUCUGUUUACAGACUCUGGGCCCCUCAGAUAUCUGUUCUUCUGUCUGUGUCUGUUGAUCUACAUGACUAUAAUCUCUGCUAACGUUGUCAUUAUUCUGACAGUCUGCCUGGAGACGUCUCUGCAUCAACCCAUGUACAUGUUUAUCUCCUGUCUGUGUUUAAACUCUCUGUACGGCUCAGCUGGCUUCUUCCCCAGGUUCCUGAUGGACAUUCUGUCUGACACUCAUUUGAUCUCACGAGCAUCUUGUUUCAUUCAGAUAUAUCUUAUUUACACCUAUGCAUCAUACGAACCAACCAUCCUCAGCAUCAUGGCCUAUGAUAGAUUUGUUGCUAUUUGCCAGCCUUUACACUAUCACAGCAAAAUGACAUUUAGGAUGGUGAGACGUCUUUUGAUUUUUGCUCUGCUCUAUCCUGCAUCUGCUAUUUGCUUCCUUGUUUAUCUUACUGUUCGAUUGCCUUUGUGUGGAAAUAAACUGCACAGGCUUUUCUGUGUUAACUGGCCUGUGGUUCGGCUCUCCUGUGUGGACACAACUCUGAACAGCAUAGCAGGUCAGUUUAUUUUGAUAAUAACCUUCUUCAUCCCCCUGUUCUUUGUCCUGUACACCUAUCUACGGAUUCUGCUUGUGUGCAGGAGAAGCUCGUCUGAAUUCAGAGGAAAGGCGUUACAAACCUGCCUGCCCCACAUAGUGACAUUUGUGACCUAUAUGUUUUCUGUCUUCUGUGAGAUGUCACUGACUCGAUUAGAGGGUGAGAGACUGAAUCCAAUCAUCAUAGUUGUUUUCUCUUUAGAGUGUGUGAUUAUUCCCCCCAUCAAUAACCCUCUAGUUUAUGGCCUGAAACUGCCUCAAAUCAAAGGAGUGAUUUUUAGAUUUUUGAAGAUGUGCAAAAUGGGUCCUGCUGUCAAAAUGUAA